AAAUCGCUCGCCACUUAUCCUCGCAGCAAGAGUAGACGCCAAAUCAUUCGAAGGCCAAAAUAAUACCAGUAAUAAUUCGUGGGUGCCGUGACGGCACCAACAGCGACCCGUUAGCCGGAUUCAAAACCGGGGCGGAAUCCAUCCCCAAUCCCCCACGACUCCUCGUCCGAUCCCACGCCGGCCGGCAGCCCCACGAGCUCCCUUCGCCCCCGCCGUCUCGCAGAUCUGUUUCUCUCGCUCCCUCCCUGCCUCCCUCCGAAUUCGGUCGCGCCCCAGGUCACCCGCUGUGGCCAGAUUUAUGCAGCCAUGCAGAGCGGCGGCUCGCGGUCGAGUUUGACUACCGCUGCUGCUGCUGGUGCGGGGUUGGGGAGGGACCGGUAUCGGGAUCGGCAAUGGCGAGCCUGUCGGAUUCGGCGGGCGCAGGCGGCGGCGGGGGCCGCGCGGGCGCGGAGCUGAUGGUGCAGCAGUUCCUGCACAAGGCGCUGCACGCCAUCCUCGCCGUGCGGUCGCCGCGCCCGCACGCGUCGGCGCCCGCGCCCCCGGCGUCGUCGGCGUUCCGAAAGCGGGACCAGUGGUUCCACCUACCGCUCCACGCGCCGCCGCCGCCGCCCGCGGCGGAGCACCUGCCGGAGCCGACCCCCGGGGAGCCGCUCGUCGUGGACGUGUACCUGGCCCCGUCGGGCGGCGGCGGGGCGGAGGAGGUGGUGGAGCGCUGGACCGUGGCGUGCGAGCCCUGGCCCUCGGCCACGGCGGCGGCGGCCGUGGGGGAGGGGCUGGCGGUCAACCGGGCGUACAAGCGCUGCAUCACGCUGCUGCGGUCGCUCUACGCCGCGCUCCGCUUCCUCCCGGCGUACCGCGCCUUCCGCACGCUCUGCGCGUCCUCCGGCCAGCUCUACAACUACGAGAUGGGCCACCGCGUCGGCUCCUUCGCCGCGCCCUUCUCCCGCGCCGAGGAGGCGGCCAUGCGCACCAAUCGCUUCGCCCCCGUCGAGACCCAGCUCGGCCGCCUCGUCGUCUCCGUCCAGUACCGCCCCAGCCUCGCCGCCUUCAAUUUCGAGGUCACCUCCCUCGCGCCCGCCGCGAUCAUCAUGGAUUACGUCGGCAGCCCGGCGGCCGAGCCUACGCGCGCCUUCCCGGCCUCGCUCACGGAGCCCGCCGGCUCGGCCUUUCCGCAGCCCUCGCGGCGCCCCAGCAGCUGGGCGUCGCCUGCGCCCUGGCCGCACACGCCGGGGCAGCAAGCGAAAUUCUCGCCGCCGCCGACACAUUACGCGUCCCCCACGCCCUCGCCGCCCACGUUUGGAUACCUGCACUCGCGGUUUAGCGGUGAGACUGCGCCAAUGAGCAUACCGCAGGUGGGCGGUGGCAGGGGCCCUGUCCACCAUCGGAACAUGUCGGAACCCACUCGAGCCUUCAUGUUUCCUCCACCUUCGCCCAAGAGUGUGCGGGGGGAGGCAGGGAUGCAGGAAUCCCCGACCGAGGCCAAUCGGUCGUUCAAGAGGGUGGAUGGCAUCCGGAUGGGCGAUCUCUAUGCUAACUUGCCGUCUGGUUCUAAGAUUAAAGACAGUAGGGAUGAAUCUGGAAGUGGCAGGUUUUCUGGUGUCUUCUCUUCUAGUGGUUCACCACGACUCGGGUUCUCGAGAAGUUCAAGCAGAUUAUCUAUGCAGGAUGAUACUGAUGAUGCGGAUUUUCCUUUUGCUGUGGAUGAUGUUGAUCCAGAUUCCCGACCAGGGAGUAGCGGUGGGAAGGACGUGGGUGGUGAUCAGGCAGGUUCUUCGUCCCAUAAAUCACAAGACGCUGCUGUCGGUUAUCUUGUCCACCUGCUAAAGUCUGCACGUCCACUGCGAGAUUCUAGCUACUCAACUCAUACAUCAAGGGCUGAAUCUAUUGAAGCAGGAAGCACAAGCUCCUUCAUGUCCCGCAGGACAUCUGACGCACUUGAGGAACUCGAAUCCUUCAGAGAAAUAAAGGAGAACCUGCUAGCACGUAGUAGAUCUAGACUGCAGGAUUCAUUGGAUAAACCCUAAGCGUCAAUGCUGCCCUUAAUUCCAUACCCUAAGCGUCAAUGCUGCCCUUAAUUCCAUAUUCUUUAACCGGUUAAGAAUCCAAACUGUAGAGUUGAUUAUAUUGUGAGGUUGGCAACUUAUUCUGGACUUGUCACUGUAAAUAACUAAUCAACUGGCGCUUGUUUCUGAAGUAGAAUAUCCAGGCCUUUGAUUCUAUUGUGGAAAUUGCUUGUCAUUCUUAAACUGAAGGCUGAAGCAAGACUACAGCCAACGUUUGUUCAUAGUGUUUGUAUACGAGCAGAACAGAUUGGACGCCUGUUACUGGAAGCCUGUGACGGCCACAUAGCUCAGGCGUGUGGAAUCAUCAUGUAUAACUAAACAAAACUGUUUAUCGAUUCAGUCUGAAUUCUCUGUGGGUCUUC